UGACUUUCUGGCAUGUUCUGAACUGCAUCCUCGAACAAGCUUCAACAUGAAAUAUAUAUUUCAUAUUAUGCCGUCAAAAUUCCCUAAAGUUGCUUUAUUUUCAUUUUAAAAAAGAUUGUAUUAAAAACAGUGACUUUUUCAUGUGAAAAAUUAAAAGACUAUUAAAUGUUUUGGUUAGUGUUCUUAGCCAAAACGGUCACUUAUGUUUCAAAUAAUCAUGUACAAGCACAAGACCAUAAAAACAUUCAUUUGCAUUGACUAUAAAUGGCGAAUUUUUAAUGGAUCUUUGUGCUCGUUACGAUUUAGCCAAUUUCCCAGCUAUCAGUAAUACCACCUACAGAUCUAUGCUUUGUGCCUAGAGACGUUAAAAAACAAUCUGGUAGCAAGCAAAAUAGCUUUCAAACGAUACUAGUAACGAAAGCAAUCACUGUACGAGUGCAAAGAAAAGAAAAAUAGCGAAUGCAUUUAAAAUCGCGUCGCGACAACGGGAUUCACACCGCGACAAAUAGCGAGUCGCGCUGACUCCCGUCGCGUAAGCAAGAAUCGCAGCGCGACAAUGUUAGUGUACGUAGUUCCAUGCAAGAUCACAUCGCGAGAAUACCAAAUAUACAUCCCAUUCAGUAGUAUAUCGCGACAAAAUAGCGAUCGCUAAAAUCGCGUCUUAUAGCGAUCGCGGCGCGAUUUUUUAGCGCGAGUCGCCCCGCGAUUUCAUCGCGAAAGUUGACUUGGGCAAAGACUGGCAGCAAGGAACUACUGACACCCUAUUGAACUGGUAACAAGAGCUAUCAACAGUUCAAAAUGCACUUACACACGGUAUAAAUGUGUUAUGUUGAAUUAGUUCUGAAUCUGACAGUCUAUGAGAGGUGGUUUCGGGUGGAUCAGGUGGCCCUGCAUGAGAGUGAGCCACUGAAUGCUUCCAUAUUGCCUGGAGAUGAUGGUCUUUAUUGAAUAACAUAUUUGUGCAGUGUAGAAGUGUAUUUUGGACUGUCAAUAGCGCCUUGCUGCCAGUCUUGAAACUGUUAAUAUAACAGACCUACCCAACAAAAUUUUGCUCUCUUUACGCCUUUUCAUUUUUUCGUUUCUUCAUACACUACGAUGAAAAUUUUCUUCUCUAUCCAUUUUCUGUCUUUAGCACAUCAAAAAAGAAAGAAACGACGAUGUGCAAUGUGCAUGUAGUCUAACGUUAGACUACUUAUUUGCUAUAUAGCUCUAGUGUAAAAAGAAAGGUGUGUAAAAGGUUUAUUCAUUGGCUAAUGACAGACAUGAUGACAAACAAAUUAUAUGACGUUAAUGGCUGCUCACUUCACAAUACACACAGGUAUACAAAUCAGAGCUCCGUGUGGACUCAAAAUUCUGAGUCUGAGUCUGUGAAAAACACUUUUUGUAGUCCAUGAACUUUAAAAGCGUAGUCCAGUCCACAAUACAAACACAACUUGUUUUUUUCUGAUUUUUCCGUGAUUCAAGUGAAUCCAAAAUUUUUUUUCGAGUCCGGAUUAGUCUGUGGUCUUGAAAGUUUGAAUCCAAUCCAUACAACUCAUCUGUAUUAUAGAUGAACCUGUGCUAUACAUUGUUUUACAAAAAGCUACACGGCACACUCAAGGACAGGUAGCAAGUGGAUGGAAAGUAAAAAUCAAGAGUAGAUUUCUCAAAUGAUCUUGACUUUCAAUUUAUUCCAAUAUUUUUGCCUUUAUUUUUUUGCAAUUUCAGAUUGGUUUUAGUUAUAGUUUUAAUAGUUUAAAUUCCUUUCUCCGAGCAAGCAUGUCAACGAUUUUAUCUGAUGUCAUCCGAAUCGUGCUCUUUGGGGAUUUCUCAUUUUCGUACCUACGCUAUUAAAAACAAUGUAGAUUUAAGUACAAAUAAACUUUUUAGAAUAUUUUUGUUGCCUCUUUCGAAAGUGGGCUUUGACAGAACUUUUAGGAAAACAGUUUAAUUCUCCAAAACCAAAGUGCAAAGUUUUACCUGAAUACAACAACAACAAACAAACAAAUGAGGCCAUGUGCUUCUGUGAUUCGAGUGAAGCAUUGGGUUUUCUUCAAGCCACGGAAUGGGUGACUUCGCUUAAAUCUUGAACAAACUUAAAUCAGAACAAAGACAUAAUUUGUAAAUAAAGUUCAGACUUUUGAUUCGAACACAGCAAAUUAAACUAACAUUUACUGUAAUUAGGUCGAGACGUGUCACUUAAUUUUAAAGGCUACUCAAGAAUACUGAUGUAAUGACUCCCAGAAUGUACGACAUUUAGGCCAUUUUCACACUCUAUUGGUGAUAAAGAGAAGAAAACAUUUUCUGAAAUCUACAGCCUAUGGGUUUUUGGAAGAUUUUAUAGACAAGCCUCAUACAAAAAGCCAACUUUUUUAAAAUCAUAUUACAAGAUUUUACUUGUUCAUAAAAGAUUGUAUACAAUAGUAUAGGAUAUUGUAGUACAAUUCUUUGAAUUGAACAUAACAGAUUAUUUUAAAUAAAACAGCACAACUCGAUACAUGACUCUUCAUUUGAUGUUAUUAUAGAUUAGUAUGAUUUUUUCUAAAUAAAUACCAACAAUUCUUUGUUUUAUCAACGUGCUAAUUGGACAAAUGAAAACUGUUAAAGUUUUAAAUGAUGGAAAGAGUAUUUUAAAAAUUUUAAAUAUACGACAAGUAUUUAAUGUUUAUUUAUUAAGUAAUUAUUUAACACGUUUUAUUCGUCGUUUUAGAUGUCAGAUUUUCACAAUGAAAUACUUGUUAAUCAUUCAAAGUUACCCUGGUCAUACCAGCCAAAGUGUCCUCCAGUUGGUAUAACAUCUUCUUCACCUCUACCACCCUUGUUUCAAGAGUUAAAAAUUCGUAAUUUAACAUUAAAAAAUCGUAUUGUCGUCUCCCCAAUGUGUCAAUAUAGUUCAACAGAUGGCUAUUUGAACGAUUGGCAUUUGGUUCAUCUAGGUCAAUUUGCAAUCGGUGGAGCAUCACUCGUUAUUCAAGAAGCCACUGCUGUUCAAGCACAUGGUCGUAUAAGUCCAUUCGAUGCUGGACUUUGGAAAGAUGAUCAAAUGGUAAUGAUGAAACGUAUUGUCGAUUUCAUACACUCUCAACAUGCAGCUGCUGGAAUUCAGUUGGGACACGCCGGUCGGAAAGCGUCAACAAAACCACCAUUUGAUCCCACACAUCGUGAAAAGGCGUAUUUUGAGAGGGAAGAAGGUGGAUGGCCGGAUGAAGUUGUUGCGCCCAGUAGUUUACCGUGGACUGAAGGUUGGAUUAUACCAAAAGAAUUAUCACUCGAUGAGAUAGAACAAUUUAAAAAUGAUUUCAUUUGCUCGACGAAGCGUGCAAUUCAAUGUGGUUUCGAUUUUUUAGAAAUUCACGCAGCACACGGAUAUUUACUAGCAGAAUUUUUAAGUCAAACAUCGAAUCAUCGACAGGACAAAUAUGGUGACUCAUUCGAAAAUCGAAUUCGUUUACUAUUAGAAUUAACUGAACGUGUACGUCAAGUAUGGCCUGAAGAAAAACCUUUAUCUGUGCGUUUAUCUUGUGACGAAUGGGUGGGCAACGAUGGUUGGACAAUUGAUGAUACUUUAAUACUAACUGAAAAAUUAUUGGAUUUAGGAGUGGAUAUUAUUGACACAAGUAGUGGUGGUAAUAGUAGUAAACAAGUGAUAAAAGUUGGUCUCGGUUACCAGGUACCGUUCGCUGAUGCGAUUAAAAAGAAGUUUGGUACAAAAAUAUUGGCAGCACCAGUCGGCAUGAUUGUUGAUCCAAAACAAGCUGAUGAUAUUAUUGAAAAAGGACAAGGUGAUCUAAUUGUGAUUGCAAGAGAAUUUUUGAGGGAUUCUCAUUUCCCGUUGAAAGCAGCUAAACAAUUAGGAGUCGAUAUUUCGUGGGCGCCCCAAUAUCAAAGAGCAAAACAAUAG